CUUCCUUUCGUCAUUUGUGGCAAUUUUGAAAAGUAUAUUCAAAAAGUCGCAUGAGUCAAAUAUAAAAAUUUUUUUAUUUCAUGUUGAUUUCUAAUUUUUGAAAUGGCGCAUUUUAAUCUUGAGAAUGAAUUAUCAAAUGCUUUGAGCCUAGACGCGCCUCUCAGUAAAGGCCCUGUUCCACGCUGGCAGAGGAAAGCAUUGGAGAGUUCUCUUUCUAAUUUGUCCAUCAGUUCUCAACACGAUACUACUCUUCUAAAUAAAUCUUCAAGUAGGAGUAGGCCUACAAGUCCGAAAAAGACACUUGAGGAAUGGAACAAACGUGUAACUCCUGGCAGAGGUUCCAAGAGUCCUCUUCCUGAUCAAGGAGACAGAUUCAUUCCUCACAGAGGAGCUAUGCAGUUUGAAUUAGGCCAUUAUUUGCUCACCAAAUCUAAAUCUGAAGAAAACUUAAGCCCUAACAGCUCUCAUUACAGAAAAGCAAUGAGUGAAAACAUUCUUGGUACAGAUAUUUCCAACUUCCGUAUUCUUGCUUAUAAAAAUAAAGCUCCUCAGGCUCCGUCAGGUCAUUCCAAUGUUCUUAAAAUCUUGUACAGUUCAACAAAAAAUCCAGGAUCCACAAAGAAAGCCACUCGUCAUAUUCCUCAAACUUGUGAUCGAAUUCUUGAUGCUCCAGAAAUUUUGGAUGAUUACUAUUUAAACCUCAUCGACUGGAGCUGCACGAACAUCCUAGCUGUUGCUUUGCAUGAAACAUUAUAUCUAUGGAAUGGCAGCACAGGAGAAAUCCAACAACUCUUGGAGAUGCCUUCCCACACUGAUUACAUAUCAUCUGUAGCAUGGCUUCCUGAAGGAAAUGUCUUGGCAGUAGGUACAAGCACUUCAGAAGUUCAGCUGUGGGAUGUUGCAGCAGAAAAAAGAAUCCGAACAAUGAAAAGUCAUACCGCUCGCGUCCCUUCGCUUUCUUGGAAUGCAUAUAUAUUAUCCAGUGGCUGUCGAACUGGAGUCAUUCAUCAUCACGAUGUGAGAGUUCAAGAACAUCAUGUGGGAACUUUGGCCAGCCAUACCCAAGAAAUAUGUGGACUGCGCUGGUCAUUAGAUGGCAGGCACCUUGCUUCUGGUGGGAACGACAACUUGGUGAAUGUGUGGACUGCUGAUGCAGGCAUUGGUCAGGCAGAUGCCCAGCCAAUUCAUACGUUCAAUGAGCAUCAAGCUGCUGUGAAGGCCCUAGCUUGGUGCCCAUGGCAACAAAAUGUUCUCGCAACUGGAGGAGGAACAGCUGAUAGACAUAUUCGGUUCUGGAAUUGCUCCCUUGGAACAUCUUUGAAUGCCAUCGAUACAAAAUCACAGGUUUGUGCCAUUCUUUGGUCCAAAGAAUAUAAAGAACUUAUAUCAGGACAUGGUUUUGCAAAUAACGAGUUAAUUAUAUGGAAAUAUCCAUCCAUGAUGAAAGUCUGCGAAUUGACUGGUCAUAAAUCACGAGUUUUAAAUCUGGCAAUGAGCCCUGAUGGAACAACUGUGGUAUCAGCUGGAGCUGAUGAAACUUUAAGAUUGUGGAACUGUUUUGCUGUUGACGCUAGUAAAAAGAAGGCGGUAGCAGGACCCAUUCAUAAGAGUGAUCUAAUGAAGCAGACUAUUCGAUAAUUUUAUUUUUAAACUAUUGUAUAUAUAUUCUACAAUUUGAUUCAUUUGACCGAUUCAUUGUAUUUUUGUGUAAUUUAAUUAAUAAACUUUAUCUGCUUUUAAAUAAUUUUUACCAUCCUCUUUGUACUCUCAAAUUCUGUCAAUACAGUUAAUCAGAUUAAUAAUUCAAAAUUUAUCCUUUCAUAUCUCUACAAAUUUUGUCAUAA